AUGUAUCGCACAGCUCUACGAACGGCCUCGAGGCCAGCUCUGCGCUGCAUGCGCCUGCAGGGACAGACAGCCACCAAGCGAUUCGCCUCAACGUCAACGCCCGCAAACAAGCCCAGGAGUUGGAAGAGCUCAGCCCUCCGAUGGGGUCUGGCCGGCGGUGCCAUCUACUACUACACCACCAGCUCGCUCUUCGCCGACGACACAGCCACUCAAGCCAAGACGAUCCCCGAACCUCCCCAAUUCGCCGAGUCCGAUCUCCCCACCGUCGAUUCCGUCCUUGAGGAGAAGCGCAAGCAGAUCCAGGCCAAGAUCGAGAAGGAAGCUCCCGUGCCCGCGUCCAGCCAAGAACCCGGCCCCGAUGCCGCACCAGUAGGCGCCGAGGGCGAGGCUCCCGCGGAGGAAGAGGGAGCCGGACAGCAGGCGGCGUUCAACCCGGAGACUGGCGAGAUCAACUGGGACUGCCCCUGCCUGGGCGGCAUGGCCCACGGACCCUGCGGGGAGGAAUUCAAGACGGCGUUCAGCUGCUUCGUCUUCUCCGAGACGGACCCCAAGGGCAUGGACUGCAUUGACAAGUUCCAGGGCAUGCAAACUUGCUUCAAGCAGUACCCCGAGAUCUACGGCGCAGAGCUGACCGAUGAUGGCGACGACGACGACGUCGACACCGCCACUCCCGCAGAUGCCCCUCUCAACACCGAGGGCGCACCCACUGCCCAGGCCGAGACAAAGGAAACCCCUAUCGAGACCUCAACCUCAACCCAGACCCCAGCCGCCGAAGCUGCCCCCACCACCCCCAAGGAGGAAGUCAAGCCAGAGGCCAAGAAGGAACCAAAGGUAGAAACCAAGAAGGAGGAGGCUCCUCCCGCACCUUCACCCCGCGUGGUCGAGCCUCCCGCGCCGGCAUGGGAAGACGCCCGUGGGGCCAACACAGAGGGCGACAAGCAAUAA